AUGGUGCCUUUUUUGAUUGAUCAGAAUUUCAGAGAUUUAUUAGUUGAAAGAGGUCCUAUAAGAAGUAAUGUUGUCGAUUUUCCUAGAGAUGACAAGGAUAGACAUUUCUCCUCUACAUAUUACAUUCGAAAUUUAUCAAAUGGAGAGAAGCAAGAUAGGAAAUGGCUAGUAUAUUUAGAUGCAUCAAAUAAAGUAUUUUGCUUUUGGUGUAAGUUGUUUAAGGAAGAUGGGAACAAGACUCAGUUGGCUACUAAUGGAUUUAAAGAUUGGAAGAAUCUAAGUCACAGGCUUAGAAGUCAUGAAACUAGCAAUGAGCACAUUACUUGUAUGAGCAAAUGGAUUGAAUUGGAAAAAAGAUUGCAAAAGAAUGAAACAAUUGAUAAAGGUGUUCAAGAACAAAUCAAUAGGGUGAGAGAACAUUGGAAAAAUGUGUUCCUAUGGAUAAUUGUUGUUGUGAGAACUCUUGCUAAAAAUAAUUUAGCGUUUCGUGGAGACAAUGAGAAGAUUUAUCAAGAAAGAAAUGGAAAUUUUUUAAGUUUAAUUGAAAUGAUUACUCAAUUUGAUUCGGUAAUGCAAGACCACCUACAUCGCAUUGAAAGGAAUGAAAUUCAUUACCAUUAUCCUUGUCACAAAAUCCAAAAUGAAUUGAUACAGAUGUUAGCGGGUGAGAUCAAAAGUACAAUUGUGAAAAGAAUUAAAGAAGUGAAAUAUUUUUCAGUUAUUCUUGAUUGUACUCCAGAUGUUAGUCAUGAAGAACAAAUGUCUCCUGUAGUAAGAUGUGUGGAUGUUUCAACUAAUCAAGUACAGGUGGAAGAGUUCUUUUUAGAAUUUUUAAAGGUGGAUGACACAUUGAGAUUGACUCUUUUUAAUAUACUUAAAGAUGUAUUGUGCACACUCCAACUUGAUAUUGGUGAUAUAAGAGGGCAAGGAUAUGAUAAUGGCUCUAACAUGAAAGGGAAACACAAAGGUGUACAGAAAAGGCUACUUGAAAUAAAUUUUAGAGCAUUCUACACACCAUGUGGUUGUCAUAGUCUUAACCUUGCACUUUGUGAUAUGGCUAACUCUUGUCCCAAAGCUAUCUCUUUUUUUGGAGUAUUACAAUGUAUAUAUUUAUUGUUUUUAUCUUCUACAAAGCAGUGGAAAGUUUUCAAAAAUCAUGUGGAAGGUCUCACAUUGAAGCCAUUGUCACAAACAAGGUGGGAAAGUCACGUUGAAAGUAUUAAAGCAAUAAGAUAUCAAGCUCCACAAAUAAGAGAUGCUUUAAAUCAUUUGGCAAAUCUUGGUGAACCCCACAAUACAAAGAGUGAAGCUGAGUCUUUAGCAACAUACGAAAUUGAGAACUUUGAAUUUUUGCUUGGCAUGAUUAUUUGGCACAAUUUAUUGUUUGUAGUUAACUCAGUUAGCAAAAUAUUUCAAAGGGAAGAUAUGCAUAUUGAUGUUGCUAUAAUUCAGUUAAAAAGACUCAUUACCUUUCUUGAAAAGUAUAGAGAAACUGGAUUUUUGGAUGCCAUGAUUGAGGCAAAAGAAGUUGCUACUCUAAUGGAAAUUGAUCCAGUAUUUUGCGAAAAGCGUGUCAUUUGCAGAAAAAAGCAAUUUGAUGAGAAUGUUAGUGAAGAGGUGACACCACUAUUACAAAAAUAG